AUGAAACGACCAUUUAGUUCUCCGGAACCGGGGUCAAUUCCCAGUUGGCCGUAUAGGAGCGAAUUGCCGCAGUCUACGUCGAAUAUGAUACAGACGCAUGACAUGGGGCCAUAUAAUGCCAACGCUCUUGGCCAACAACAGCAUCACCAGCAGCAACAACACCAAGCUGUUGGAGAAGACGCUUUUUUGCUCUACCACAACGACAACAGUGGAAUGCAUCAGAUCGUGCAGCCGCAAUCCCUGGACAUGGCAAAUGCACAGGCAAAUACCUGGUCGCCAGAAUUGAAUCGAGGCCGCACAGAUGAGUAUCAGUAUGAAAGUGAUGCUCAUCCCGCCAAAAGACUUCGUGGUCGGACUUAUGGACAACCGUCGGGCCGGCAACCCCAGAUGCCAGCCCAUUCGGCCCAAGUGCAGACCUUCGGUCAAGGCCUACGCCCCCCAGGAGCUUACGGGGGUGGGAAUAAUUUUGCAGGCGAUUACUUUCCGUCUGGUGAAGUCGACGCGGCGUCUUCUCUGGCGUUUCCGAAUCCCCGAGCCGUCGCUGAUGCAAGCCCCCCACAGCCGAGGCUUCAUCAAACAUUUGAAGGAUACUCACAACCGAGGGGGCCCGGCUACUACGCAGUGGACUCACCCGGCACCGGACAUGCCGAGUACAGUGGCAGCGCGGCAAAUCCGGGAAGCAAGCCAACGAGCACUCCUCCGGGCGUGCGUGCACAGCAAAUCAGCGCCCCAGCCCAAGACUAUGAUGUGACCGAAAGCGAUAAGAAAAGGCUCCGGGCCAAGGCCAAGGCACUCGAAGGGAAGCAGUGCGCCAUCAGGCGCAAGUACAAGAGGACCCGAGAGCCAAACUACGAGUCUGAUCCAGAAAAGGUCUACCUAGCGUUUGAAGACUUCAAGAGAUUGUUCGAGGUGGACUUGAAAGAUUUCGGCAGGUCAAACGCCAGGAAUGUCUUUCAGUUCCAGUACGACAGGCACGGACAGCUUCUCGGACAAGACUUUGAAAGCAAUCAGAUUCGAGAAUUUGUGCACCGUAAAAUCGAGGAAGCCGAAGCCUCAAAAAAGGCCAGCGGCGGCGACGGCAUAAAGGAUUUCAAAAUGUGGAUACAGAGUUCCCCGUGCCAAGUCAAGGACCGUCUCAAAGCCCACGACAACACAUGCCGAUGGAGUCAAUGCAAAGCCGAAAGGCGCACCGUUGCAUCGGGCUGGUUCCGGGUCGCGUUCGACGAGUUUCCGUACUACACGUCUCACGGGGACAAAUUCCACCUUGACCCUCUGAAGCCGUGCCUCGUCCUUCACCUCUGCUGCUUCGAACAGGUGUUCCAGCGGCCCGAAAUGAGAAAGUUCCAUGAGCAAGAGUAUCUGGUGGGAGAGACUCGCAAGGCCUUCGGGAAAGAAGUAACCAACAUUGUGUCCUUGGUCAAGGAGAAAAAGGGGGCAAUGAAUGUGAUCAAGGAGUGGGCCGACGCAUCGGAUGACGACGAUCGCGUGGACAAAAUCAUCGACAUGAUUCGCCAGUUUAGAAAAAGCUUCUACGACACGGCCGUGAGCUAUGAUGAAAUAGAGCGUGAAUACGGUAGGAGUCACCUUCUUUCCUUGUCUUGUUUGCUGAACCUCUGGCACGCGGACAUGCACCCCGCCUACGUCAACGGAUCCGCCAAAGGGACACGGUCAAAAGCUCGACGGUUACGCAACAAGGGCGUGCAGCCAGGGGCAGAGACGACGUUCGAUUUCUGCCUUGGCAGCCUCAAUGUCUUUGCUAGAAGGCUGGAUGCCAGGACUCGGUGGAAGAGCACGGCGGAGGGCAGGCUAACGCAGGCGAGAAAGAGGGAAGAAGCCAAGACGCGUGUGCUGGACAAGGUCAGCAAGGAACUUGAGGCCAAGGAAAAGAGGAAGGAGACGGCCGUGGUGGAGGUCGAAGACGCCAAGGAGGCUGUCCAGAGAGCGAUUGCAGAUUACAGAGAGGCCAAGAAAAAACACCCUCGUCUUGCGGAAGAGCUCGAGAAGGCCGAGUCCUCGGCCGGAUCUGAUGACGCUGCCCCCGAAACAACGACUUCUGCAGACGUGGGCGGCAGGAGAGGCAGGAGAAGAAAGAAUCCCGUCCAGAAGGCCGAAUCUGCUUUGGAGGACGCCAGAAACAGGCUCGAGAGCGCGCAGGAAGGUUUGAAAAAACUGGACAGAGAAAUUUCGAGUCUGCAGACAAGGCGGGAGGGCGACGAGGAACCGCCUCCCGACGCUGCCGACCCGAGCACCUCGUACAAGGCCAAGAAGCGGCGAUUGCACGACCCCAGCGACGACGAGAAGCAGCCCGCGAAAAGGGUGCGCGUCGGCAGACAUCCGUCCACCAGUACGGCAAGCUCCGACCGGAACAGGGAGAGGACGACGAGGCGGCGGAGCAGCGGAGGCUCGUCGGUCUUUGUGACCAAGGUCUGCUCGGCCGUCGCGACCAAGGCGGGGGGGGAUUCCGCGGCAGUAAAAGCAGAGGAGCCAGAAAAGUCGAUUCAAGACGUGGCUCCCUUUUUGGGCGCGCAUGCCAAUCAACAUCCGGGCGUCACUGGUCAACACGACGUCUUUUUUGACAAUUUUGAUCUUCAAGCCUACGGCACGGCGACUUCUUACACUUGGGACGCACUUUGCGGACCCGGAGACCCAAAUGCAUCGACUCCUUCGAAUUUCUUGGAGGACCAAGUUGAUGCGUCGGGCCAAAUGUUGCCGCCAGCGGCGCCAGCGACGCCGCAGCAGCAACGUCCUCAACAAGAAACGUCGGAACACAACGACGACGGAAACACUUGCAGGGCGGAGCAGGCCCUCCCCGAAGCUUCGCGGAAGCGGGGCCGUCAAGAAGGAUCAGAUGACCGCCCGGAAGCCUCGCGGAAACGGCGCCGGCAAGAAUCACAGGGCUGCGACGAGGACGACGGCCGUCGAGAAGGAUUAGAUGACAGCCCGGAAGCCUCGCGGAAACGGCGCCGGCAAGAAUCACAAGGCUGCGACGAGGACGACGGCCGUCGAGCAGGAUCAGAUGACCGCCCGGAAGCCUCGCGGAAACGGCGCCGGCAAGAAUCACAUGGCUGCGACGAGGGCGACGGCUCGUCGUCCACGGCAAAGCGAGCACGCGUGGCUGAUGCGCAACAAACCCCCGACGCGGCAUCAGCACCCCCCGACGCGGGCGAGUCAAGGAGGACGAAGCGACGGGCCGACGAUGACGUAUCUGGAGAACCGUCCGUGAAGAGGAUGCGUCAGUAG